AUGUCACGUUCUACUUGGAAAGGUAUUUUUUUUUCCCACGAUUUUUGUAAUUAUAGAAAAAAUAAGGUAAUUUAUGAUCGUCAGACAAAUAGUCUUCCUCUAUUUAAAGAUAAAGUAUUAAGUAUACAUAAUGGUAAACAAAUAGUAGCUAUUAAAUUUAAUAAAGAUGAAAUGUUUGGACAUUGUGUAGGUGAAUUUGUUUUUACUAAGAGAAAGUGUGUUAAGUUAAAAAAAGAAAAAAAGAAUUUUAAACUAAAAAAAUAA